GCAGGCUAUGUGCUAGAUCAUUAAAUUCACUCACUCUGCUCUCCGCAGUUCGCCGUAGAGAUGGCUCGGCUCCACCGCUUGUCUGCCGUCGCCCCGACCAUCUCCGUCCUCCUCCUGCUGGCUGCUCUCGCCUCCGCCGCUGCGGCCGCGGACGCUCCGGUGAAGAAGGUUGGGAUAACGUUCUUCCGGCCGAACACGGAGGAGGCGCGGUGGCUGGACCGCCACACGGGGACGCACACGAACCAGCAGCUCGGUACUGGCCCGAUCAGGAUGCGGCGAGCCACCGCUGAGGAGGCGAAGUGGCUGGACCGCAUGAGCGGCAACGCCGGGAGGGCAGGAGAUCAGUCCGGCGGCGGCGGCGGUAACGGCGGCGACAACUACAUCGAGUUCGACGACGACAAUCCCUAUAUUGAGGCCCUACGUGCCUGGGCCUCCCGGCAGGCAGAGCGGAUCACUGUGGAGGAUGAUCAGGAGGAGGUACAUCGUCACUGCAAUUUUCCACGCAACUCACUCUGCUUUGUUCAUUCAUUCUUGAUGGUUAUUUCAUUCGGAAUGUCUUGUCAGAAUCCCUUCCAGGAUAGGAAAUGUGAGGCCCUGUUUGGAACUAAAUUUUUUUCAGAAGUCCCUAUCACAUCAAAACGAAUCUUACUAUUUUAUAGUAUUAAAUAAAAUCU